CAGCAGCAGAUCUAUCAAGCCCUGACAAGUCGGACUGCACUCAAGAUGCUCACCCUCUUGGCUGGUUUCUCCGUCGUCGCCUUUGCCCAAGGUGUCCUUGCCUGGGGAAAUCUGGGCCACGAGACUGUCGGUUACGUCGCCCAGGAGUUCCUCGCUCCCAAGGCCCUGGCGUUCGUGCAGUCCUCUCUUGGAUCCACCUACAACGAGACCCUUGGCGCGGCAGCUACGUGGGCCGAUAGCAUCAAGUACACCUCCGGGUACACCUGGUCUGCACCCCUCCACUUCGUGGAUGCUGAAGACUCUCCCCUCAAUGGCUCGUGCUCUGUCGAGGAGACGCGUGACUGUGGUGACUCAGACUGCAUCCUCACUGCUAUCGCAAACUACACCACUCGCGUCGCGAAGACGAGCCUCAGCAAGGCCCAGCGGCAGGAAGCGCUCAAGUUCCUUGAUCAUUUCCUGGGCGACAUCGGUCAGCCCCUCCACGUCGAGGCCUACGAAGUAGGCGGUAACGACAUCUCUGCCAAGUGCUCUGGCAAAGACACCAACUUGCAUGCUGCAUGGGAUACCGGCAUAGUUACGAAGAACAUCGACGACAACCACGACGGCGACGUCCAGACCUACGCCGCCGACCUCGUCGCUAAGAUCAAGACUGGCUCGUACAAGUCGCUCACGUCCAAAUGGCUGAGCUGCACGUCGACAACGGAGCCCGUCGAGAAGCGCUUCCUCUACCAGAAGUCGCACACGCUGGAGGACGACGUCAAGGCCCUCCUAGCCCGCGCCGAGGCUGAGGAGGCGGACGUGUACUUGGAGCGGCGCGCGACCAUCACCCCACUCGAGUGCCCGCUGGUCUGGGCGCAGGAGUCCAACGCGAACUGCUGCUCUGUUGUGUUUUCGUACACGUCUGGGGAGGAUCUGUGCACGAGCAGCUACUACACCAAGGCUGUGCCAGUCAUAGACCUUCAGCUCGCGAAGCAGGGCUACCGCCUCGCUGCCUGGCUCAACGUCAUAUUCGACGGCGAUACCAACCUCCCCUAAAAUCUCGGAUUCAGAAAGUAUUUGUACAAUGAAG